CGCAUAGUCUGGAGGGGGCUUCAUAUUCUAUGUAUUUGUGUCGUCAUUACAGAUUGGAUUUUGUAUGUAGUGAGUGAGAAGUGCGACUGUGUGCACAUUUCCCCCCGCAAAAAAUGACAGAAUGAUUUGUUCGGUAAGAUAUCGCUUAGGCUCCUCCCCUCUGACGUGUCGAAAGCCGGUGUUGCUCGAAGCAUCAAACCACUUUUUACAAUCUUACCUCAACAUGCCUUGUUUAGUAACUAAGUUUUAGAUCUACAAUGAUUUUAGGAAGAUAAUUUUGUUUUAUAGUGAUGCAAUGUCACCCCUGAAUUUCACGUACGUCUGCAUUCUUAGUUCCAUGCUAAGCUCCAUUGGCUCUUGGCCACACAAGCAGUUCGGGCGACGCCGGCUGGAUUUUAUAUUGUCCAUGUACAAUAUUCUUUUGAUCGUUGUCGCCAUAGCUUUACCGAGUUUGGGCGCAACCUACAUUUGGAACAAGAGAGAGACGAUUUCGUUCUUCGAUGUGGGGCACGUGCUUUUAUGCAUGUUUUUGGAAUUUUUGUUUUUGCAAAGGUUAUUUAUGCCCUGGACGGCUAAAUAUCAAGUGAUAAUUAAGGAGUACUUACUUAAAUUCCACCUGUUUUACUUCAGGAAUCAAACGCAGUACGCUUCAAAGAUACAUACGCAGAUCCAUAACAUAUCAGUGAUAUUCACAUUGUUAAUGGCCUGUCAGAUGUUCUGUGGUGUAAGCCUGUUUACUUUCAUGCCAUGGUACAACAACUACAAUAACAGAAUGUUCAUCCUGGACCGACCCGCCAAUCGUACCUUUGAGCAAGCCGUGUAUUUCUACUGUUUCACCGAAGACGUGUACACUACCAUAAAGGGCUAUUGGGUACUCUUUGUAUUCAAUAUUCCCACCACCUACAAUACUUCAUGCGGCGUCGUCGCAUUCGACCUUCUGCUUUCCCUUAUUGUCUUUCAAAUUUGGGGGCAUCUUAAAAUUUUGAAACACAAUGUGUUAAGCAUAUUUCCGAAGGAAGGCAUGUACUCACCGGAAGAGAAUAUGAAAGUCCGAGAGAUCUUAAAGGAAAUCAUCGAACACCACAAAUUUAUCAUAAAGUUUGUGAACAAGUGCUCCGACGCAUUUAGUGAGGAAUUGUUUGUCUUUUAUUUGCUGAUGCAAGUCAUUACCUGCACAAGUUUGCUUGAGGUUUCCGCUCUGACGGCAGACGCGCUGGCUAAAUACGGACCAAUUACUCUCGUGGUGCACCAACAAUUGAUUCAAGUUUCUAUACUUUUCGAAAUGAUAAGUUCUAAGAGCGAGCAGCUGAUCGACGCCGUGUACGCAAUGCCGUGGCAGAGCAUGGACACCAGCAAUCGCAAGACAGUGAUGAUCCUGCUCCAGAGGUCACAGACCCCCAUCGCGCUCAAGGCCGCUAAGAUGGUGCCCGUGGGCUUGCAGACUAUGGCCGCGGUCCUGAAGACAUCGAUCUCCUAUUACAUGAUACUGAACACCGUGGCUGGAGAGCGUUAAGGCACCGAACACUACGCACAAAAUUCAACUUUACUGAAACGAUCGAUACCUAACGCAUGUCAUCAGAUACAAAACUGUCAAAACUGUUCCCAUGAAACCGGUUUAAAAAUAACAGUUUUUCGAGCGAAACCUAAAUUAAAAGGUUUUGCGCCAAUUACAUUAUAACGGCUUGGAAAUUUAACCGGUUUCCGAGUUUUGCUCUGAUCGCAGCUCGCUGAGCACUGAGCGGACGGCCGUGCUUGUCCGGGAUCGCGGAAAUCAUUGUCAUUGAAUAGUUUUUCUUUAACAAAUAAAAAAGUAAUCAAUGAGUUAAAUAACCUUAUAAACUUUAGAACCAAUUUUCAUCAAGAGAUGAGAUAUUACAUGUUAUUGGCACUUAGGUAUCUUAGGUAUAUAUGGGCUCCAGUUUAAAGCCUAAAAUAUUUAAUUGAAUUUUAAGUUAAAUUUAUUUCAAUAAUAAUAUAAUUUUUUAAAGUAAUGCUAACACUGUAUGGACCAAGGUCUGAAAUAUUUUUUUUUUAUAUUUUUAAAACGUCAGAGCUUUUGGACGGUCAAAUACGACCUGGUUUAUUCAUCAAGCUGUAAGUAGAGUUGGUAGAGUGAACCUAUUUGUAGGUAUACAAUGGGGUCAUUACGUCACACAACCACAGGCGGUUAUCACUGAGUGUUUGCGCCUAAAUAGUUACACAUUUUUAAUGUUGAGUUUUUAACUACGCUCCUGAUUUUAUCCAUCGAGCGAAAGUUGUUUAUUCAGGUUUCAAAUCGAUUAAGUUACUAAAAAAAGGCCUUACGGUAAAGCCUGUGUGGACGCUCGAAGCGGGGCGUGCAGCGUGGCGUCGGGCUCACAAGUGAUGUGAAAUGUGAACAGCGUUCACUAAGGCCGCACCUAUACGUUUGCAUAAUAUGUUUAACAUGCACGCUGCCCCGCUCCGCUGCACGCCCAACUCGAGCGUCCACUCAGGCCUUACACUUAAGAUUGCCUUACAUAUUUGCUGUCAACCAUAUUAUGAGUUAAAAAGCGCAUCUAUAAAAAACGCAGGCGCUUCCUUCUGAGGUGUUUCCCUUGCGUAUGACAUGGGGUUCUUCUAGAGGCAGGUACAGGGUGGACAAAUAAGAAUGAUACACUUUGUUUUUAAAUUUUAAUUACAUUAAGUGGAAAUUUUACUAAUUAUUUUUUCAUAAAUAUAUUAUUCAGGGUUGGCAAUUGUAUACGGAAAAUAAUUUCUGCCAAAUGUCUACCACUAGCAGCAAGCAAUUUUAUCUCAAAUGUUUCUGUUGUUUAAAACGUUGUUUGCUCGAUUAAUUUUGAAAAAAAGUGACAGUGAUUGGCACCCAAAUUCCCCAAAUGUUGCAGCUCUUGACUUAUUUCUGUGGGCUAUCUAAAAUUACGUGUCUAUGCUAACGAGCUGAUGAAAUUUAAACAGUUAAAACCGACUAUUCGACACAAAUGUACUAAGAUAAUGCCAAAAAUGUGCGAAUAGAUGCUGAACAUUGGGAUGAUAAGAGCUUACAUUUGCCUGCUGUUAGAGGUGGACAUAUGUCAGAUAUUAUGUUUCGCAUGAAUUUGCCAACGCUGAAGAAUAUAUUUUUAAAACAAUACUUAAUAAUUUUUGAACUUAAUACAGUUAAAAUUUAAAAACAAAAUGUAUACUUCUUAUUUGGCCACCCUGU